AUGGACCUCACGGAGCUCGACGCCCACGAGGCGCCGGCGGACUGGCUGAGGGCCAUAUGGAAGGGAUUCUCCCGCAUGGAGUCCAAGGAGCUGAACGAGAGCCCGCUCGUCACGGAUCCGAGAUCGCCUGACCACCUUCAACGUCUGCGCAGGGCGGGCACGAUAACCGCGGCGCAAAUCGCCAAAGCGUUCUCUUACAUCGAUAUAGCAUCGGAGGAGCGCGAGGAUGCGGCUAUAUAUUACCACCCCUUACUUCCUGGGCUUCUCAUCAUACCUAACCUCCUCACCCCCGAGGUCCAAGAAACCCUUCUCUCACGCAUGAUCCACCGCGACCUCAGCAACCCAAAGCACCAGACGAACCUUCACCUACACUACGCCAUCCCCUACCCUCAAGCAUCUACCUCAUCUAGCGCGGAAGCACCCUUUGGUCCACAAACCCUCUCCAUCAAGCAAGUAUUGGAGCGCCGCCUCCACUGGGUCACCCUCGGAGGCCACCGCCAUCGUAAACUUUUACACGCCGGGGACACAAUGAUGCUGCACCGCGACGUCAGCGAGGAGACGGACAAGGGCCUCAUCAGUCUCAGCAUGGGGUGCGACGGCUUGUUCAUGAUUGCGCCGAACGACGUCAAGGAGCCUGCUCCCAAAACGGACGACGCAGCCGCCGAGCCCGGUGAUCCCGCGGAAGACCUCCCAUAUCUACUCCUCCGAAUACGGUCGGGGACGCCAUUUACAUGA